AUGGAUAUUUUUAAUAAUAUAAAUUUUCCUUAAUUAUCUGAUUUAAUAAUUAUGGUUUAAUAUCUGAAUGAGUUUUCUACUUAUUGCAGAAAUCUUGGUCUCUUAGCACUUUAAGAAUCCUUUAAAUUGUAAAAAAAUACUUUGGAAGAAACACUUCUCAUGCAUUUGAUUACUUUAAAUAGAGAAUAACUGAUUGAAUUAUCUACACGUAUUGUAAAGAUAUGGAACAAUAAUAAUGGAGAUCAAAAGUAAGAAUCUCCAUUAGAAAGUUAAUAAAGGAAGAUGUCAAUUAGUGAAAUACAUACAAAGUCUAGUUCUUAAUUAAAUCAUUUAUAUGAAUAACAUAUAUUGAAUGAAGAAAAUCAAAUAGUCAAACGUGAUUAGUAAAUCAAUCAUCUUAUGAAGGAGUGCACGUUUAAACCUUAAAUAACAAAGAAGAGUUAAAAUUUAGAAUUGAAUUCUCCAGCUCAUAUUAGAUUGAACAAUUAUGCAAUGGACUCAAAAAUUAAAUUACAAAUAGUUUAAGAACUUAAUUAGAAAUAAGAAUUAAAGGAUUGUACUUUUAAACCAUCCAUUAAUACAAAGUCAAUUGGUAAUAAUUAAUCAGUUGAAAAUCCGUUUGAUAGACUCUAUUAAAAUGCAUUAACUUAAAGAAAUAAAACACCUAGAAAUAAUGAAGAUUCAUCAUUUACUUAUCGUCCUUAAUUAAUUAGCUCUCCUAUGAAAUUGUAAUAAUAAGAUGGUAUUUCAGUAGAGGAGAGACUUUAUAAUCAUCAUUUCGAGAAAAUGAAUAAUAUGGCUUUGAAAUAAGAGGAACUAUAAUAGAUUGAAUUAGAUUAAUGUACAUUUACUCCUGUGAUUAAUAAUUAAGGAAAUUAAAGACAAAAUGAAAAAGUCUUUGAAAGAUUAUAUAAUCAUAGUAGUGUAAAAUCAGUUUCAGAUGUGAAAGAACAUUCAAUAUCACAUAUGAAUAAGAAAUCUGAAUCAUUAAUAAAGAAACCAUAAUCAGAUUAUAAUUCAUAUGUGACUUAAUUUUAAUUAGAAUCCAAUCCAUUCGAUCGAUUGUAUUAAGAACAUUAAAGAUAAGAGAAAAAAAAGAAAUCAAAUUAAAUUUAAUAUUAUUAAUCUAUUCCUUUUAAACCAAUACUAAGUAAGAAAUUGUCAUUAUAAUGA